GUUCACCAACGAUGUGGGCUACUUGCCGGACGGCACCCCGCUUAACAAAGCGGGUAACGCCAUCAAUCACCCAGAGACGAUUGGCGCGGACAAGCACGUGGCUGGAUCUCCACUUCCCCGUGCGAAGUUUGUGAAUUCGGUUGGAUACCUUCCGGAUGGAACGCCGCUCAAUGCGGCUGGCAAUGCAAUCAACCACCCUGAGACCAUGCAGCCGGACCCGCAUUCGCCAGGCUCCCCCUUGCCGCCGUCAACUUACCUCGCGGACAUUGGCUACCUGGCUGAUGGCACGCCCCUGGCCACUGCGGGCAACAAUUCCGUUAAGCAGCCUGCACCAAGCGCUCCACCAGCAGCAGCUGCGGCUGCUUUCGUCGGCUCGAGCGUUCCCUCUCCUCCGCCCAUGGCUGCAUCCGCUCCGCCACCCACUGCUGCCCCAACCAGCCAGGGAACAGCCAUGUAUGGCCGCAAGUUUGAGUACAGCUUCCAGAAGGAUGCCUACGCUGAGCUGGAGUUCUGCAACGAUGUGGGGUACCUGCCGGACGGCACUCCGCUGAACCGAGCAGGAAAUGCCAUCAACCACCCGGAGAACAUCGGCCCUGACCGCCAUGCUCCAGGAUCUCCCUUGCCUCGUGCGAACUUCGUAAACUCGGUUGGCUACCUUCCGGACGGCACUCCCCUCAACCGUGCAGGCAAUGCCAUCAAUCAUCCUGAGAGCAUCCAGCCUGACAUGCACACCCCGGGCGCACCGCUGCCGGCCUCUGUGUAUGCUGCUGAUGUGG